AGGCUCAUUGGACUGUGGGGUAGGACUGUGGGGUAGCACGUUAAUUUCCUGCGUCCGCGCGGUUUCCAUUUCUGUGAAUGGGCCAACGAGGCUUGGACGGCGAAGGCAGUGAGUCACUUUCGAUUAAAUGCGCUCCAAAGCAAACUGCUUGGAAAGGAAGAAACGGUCUGCCCGUACUCGCUGCUCGAGAAGGCUAACAGCCUUGGAGUGGAGGAGCCUUGGCCGAGUAAAGUAAGUGUCGAGGUCUCAGGCAUUUGUGGGCCACAGGUACUGCAUCUUUAAAAUACUCGAGUAUUUUGAAUAUUAGAGACACGCGCCUCAAAGUAAACAAUUUCGCCCGUUCACAUGCAGAGCCACUCUUCCUCCUCCAGACUUCCCUGGGACCUCUGACUUCACUUAGAGUCGAGAAGCAAGAGCAUUAGUCAGGUCACCAGAAGAGAGGAAAACAAGCUACAUCCCUUAUGCAAGCUGACCUCAUGUACAGCGCCCUCCACUCAGUUUUGUCCACCACACAGGUCUGGCAGCUACUUUGGGCUGUCUUCCAGGAGAGACGUGGGGAUUAACAUUUGGAUUAUUAGAAGAUGAGCUUCCUGUUGCCCAAACUGACUAGCAAAAAAGAAGUAGAUCAGGCAAUAAAAAGUACUGCUGAGAAAGUGUUGGUUCUCAGGUUUGGGAGAGAUGAGGAUCCUGUCUGUCUGCAGCUAGAUGAUAUUCUUUCUAAGACCGCUCCUGACCUGAGUAAAAUGGCCACUAUAUACCUGGUAGAUGUGGCCCACACCCCGGUCUACACGCAGUAUUUUGACAUCAGUUAUAUUCCAUCUACUGUAUUUUUCUUCAAUGGGCAACAUAUGAAAGUGGAUUAUGGGUCUCCAGAUCACACUAAGUUUGUGGGAAGUUUCAAAACUAAACAAGACUUCAUAGAUUUGAUCGAAGUAAUCUAUCGAGGAGCAAUGAGGGGGAAACUUAUCGUCCAAAGUCCUAUCGAUCCCAAGAAUAUCCCCAAAUAUGACCUUCUCUAUCAGGACAUUUAGCACAUCUUCUGCUGUUGGAGAGGAAGAGAAAGGCACAUGAUGGAACAGUACCAGAAUCCAGCCGUGCUGUUGUUCUGGAAUCCCCUAGAAACAUGUUCAGCGUCCAGCAGAGAAGAGUUUGUCUUGUCUGUAAAAUACCCGUCUCCUGAGCAGAAGGCCCCACCAGCGGUCCAGCAGUCCGGGUCUCUGCCUGUCUGCUCAAGUGAGCCAAGGAACCUGUUCAAUUUCCAGGGUCGCUUUUCUAACUUCCCUUCAUACCAUGCUUUUCUUUAUCCUAAUAGGUAAUACAGAAACCAAACAUAGGCCAGGGCAGUUUAACUGUUCAUCUGAUUUACAAGUACAUGAAGAGUCCUAUAAAAGCAAAAAUACUUACUUUCUCCCCUAGAUGUACAUGCAUGGGUGCGUCACGUGCCCACACCCCACACACCCUCACCUGUUCCUCCUGCUUUCCCAUCUUUAAGCCCUCUUUCCCCAGCUUCUCACAGAAAUUCUCUACUACUAGUAGGCAAGUUCAUUUCAUUUUAGAGCCCCCCCUCCCCCCCGUGCCGAGGAUCAAACUUACGGCCUCGCAUUUGCCAAGCAGGCACUUAACGCCACUGAGCUAAACCCUUGGCCCCUGACUCAUACUUUUAAAGCUGCUUUCAUCAGGUCAUUUGAGCAGCUUCUGUGAUGUUUAGUCUCUGAAGAAGUAAGACCUUGAGGGGCUGGGGAUAUAGCUCAGCUGUGCAAGCACUAUCUGGAAAGUACCAAAGAAAAAAGAAAAGACCUUGAAUCUUCACCAUCCAGCACCCACCUUGAGCAAAACAAAGACUUAACUACGCUUAGAUGCUGAUCUCACCCAGAAGUCAGAGCUGCCACUUAUUUCUGAAGCAGAAAACUGUAUUUCAGGCAUUCAAGAUUGCAAAGAUGUCAGUCAGCACUGUUCAGGAAAAAAAUACGUAUCUUUUCAAGAUUUGCCAGUUCUAAUGACUUUAUGAACUUUUGCUCUCCUCAGUCCUUGUGGCAGACUUGGGUGAGCCUCUGCUUCUCUCUCACCUUGUGUCGGCUGUUGGCACUGAGGGCCCAGAGUAAGAGGAUGGACGCUGAGCCAUGGUGAGUGGGCCAGGCACCUUCUUUGCCAGCAGAGGCCUAGAGCAGAGCAGCAUUGGCCCUGCAAGUCCAGCCGAUGCGCCACAGGAGAAAGGCUCCUGGGGGCUCUUUGUGUCCUUUGUUGGUAAAAGGAGAGGCACUCCAGGAAUAAAACAAAACUACCUCUGUCUCUUCUCUUCCCCUACUUGCUUUUGAUUUUAAUCAUAUGCAUCUGGGCCUGUGAGGCAACCAGCAUCCAGAUGAAAAAUUAUUAUGCUGAGAAUAACUUUAGUAGAGUGAUCAUCAGGUGUGGUAGUAUAUACCUGUAUCCCCAACUACUUGGGUGGCCAAGACAAAAGGAUUUCAAGUUGGAGGCCAGCCUGGGCAAGUAAACAGACCCUGUCUCAGAAUCCUUAAAAAGGGCUGGGGGUAUAGCUCAGUGGCAGAAUUCUUAUGUAGCAUAUGCAGGGUCCUGAGUUCAAUUCCCAGUACCAUCAAAAAAAUUAUGACCCCUGAUGAUGUUUUUGAAGUCCUGAGUAAACUCCAGACCUACCUCCCUUCAGAAUUCUAUGAAAGAAUAAAAUAUCUUCCUUGCAUAAGUUA